UAAUCAACUGAUUUAUUGUGAACUUAAUUCCGUUUAAUUAGAGUAGAUGAGUGACUUUUAACUUUGGUGAUUAUCGUGUUUUAAUAUUCUUUCAAUGUGUUGUUUUUGUUUUCUAUAGAAAAAAUUUCCAACCUCUUGGAUUUUCAUCUUUUUUUUUGUCCAAAGAAAAGAGAAACAUUAUUGUUUUAGAAUAGAAUUUUUUAAUUUCUUAGCAAUUGAUUAAUCUGAUUCUAUUUAUUUAGAAUUUGCUUUUCUACGACAAUCCAAUAGUAAGAGAUUAUCCUUUUUCUUUCUCAUGUAAGAUUGAAUGUGAAUUAUUUGUUUUCCUAUGGGAAUGACCUCUGUUAAAUCUUUGUCUAAAGGCUAUUUGCCUUCUUGGUUAUCCAGUUUUCGUUUGUUUAUCAAUUAUAUCAUCAGUUUUACUUUGUCAUCAAUUUUAUCUCUUUUAUGGUUCUAUCUUAAACCUUGGGUUAAAAUUGGCCUGAGAAAAUGUACCGGUUUAUGUGAACUCCAGCGAAUUUGCUAUAAGACGGAAAAAGGAGCCCAGCGAUCAUUGGAAGUGGAAAAAUGUGUCUACUCAUCAAAGUGUCAAAUUGUGAAAACGAUUCGAAAUCAGCUUGAUGAUGUCGCUAAAAAUGGUCGAUUUAAUUCAAGUAAUACCAGAGAGGUUGUUCAAUUGGUGGAAAAUGCAGUUGAAUCGAUUUGUAAUGAGAAAGAAAUUAAUCCCUCCAAUCACCCAGAAUUUGUCACUGCCAUGAGAAUAUGUUUCCUUCAAAUCUAUGGUUAUAAGAAUUUACAGUACAAAAUUAAUUGUCUUCGAAAUGUACCAAUCGAUCUAAACAAUUCGAAACAUGUUAAAAAACUCACCAAACUUUGGAAUUCAUUGAAUCCUAAUAAUCCGUUACAAUCCAAAAUCUCAUCUCAAUGGAUUGAAAUUGGUUUUAAUUGUGAAGAUCCAGUGGCAAAUUUCAGAGGAAUUGGUCUUCUCGGAUUGGAAAAUCUACUUUACUUCUCAAUUAAUUAUACCAAAAAUGCUCAACAGAUUCUCAAUCAUUCGAAAUCAACAAUCAAUGGAUUCCCGUUCGCAUCCACCGGAAUCUAUUUGACCUACGUUACAAUUAAUCUACUCAAUACCGGUCGAUUGAAAACUCACUUUUAUAAUAGUCAUUUCGGAACUACUUGUUUAGAGGAUUUUCAUAAAGUUUAUUGUUAUCUAUUUUGUGCCCUGGAACACUUAUGGUUAAAGGAGAAAUCAAAUAAUGAAAAUGACCUGAGUUUCAUCAAAGAGAAAUUAAUCUCUAAACUGGACAGCGAACUGGAAAGAAACGAUAUAAUCUUAAAAUGGAUUCCAUUGUAAAUAUUGACACGAAUUUGUGUGAAAUGAAAUAUCCCUGAUAACGAUUGAUAUUAUUUCAAUUGAUUUCCAAUUCUGUAAAAAUCUACAUGUAAAAUAAUAACCUUUAUAUUUGUAUCUUUUUCACUUAUACAUUUCUUAUAUAUUAUAUUGUAAAAAAGAAAUGCCAAAAAUGAUAGACAAUCACAAUCAAUUUAACCCGAAACAUAAUCAACCCAAAUAACCAAAAUAAAAUGAAAUCUUUCAAUUACUAAA